AUGAUUCAGGAAGAUAAAGUUCCGAAGAGUGAGGUGACGGGCAAGGCGGAGCAAUUCAGUGUCACUUCUGCAUUGGAACUCCUAUGUAAUGCAGGUCCCAGUGUCACUGCUCAUGACGACUUGGACUUGGACGUGACAGCCGCAGAACGCACUGGCACACCACGGCCGUCGAAGCGAAUAGCUCGAAUAGAGAAAUUAGGAUUGGAGACGUUCACAUGUCAGCUAUGUAAGAAGUCUAUUACACGGCAAGGGCAGUAUGCGAAUCUAGUCAACCAUCUCUCAAGGCAUGCACGUUUGCACGCAUCCAAGAAGCAGUACUGUUGUCCGGUGUGUCGAGCAUCGUUCUCACGAAGGUAUCUGGCGUACGCACAUGUGAGGGAAGCCCAUACAAAGCAUGGAUAUGUUGAGCCAGUAGAUCACGGAAGAGAACUUCGUGAAGAAUAUCGUUCUCUGCUGGAAGUUUGCUUUCCGGGUGCAAGUACUCGACGUAAAACCGCGUCGCAUCUGUCCACUGCCAACAAAGGAAAUCGCACAGACAAGAAAGGGAAAGGUACGGCUCAUACUGCGCCAACCUACAAGGACGAACUGUCACGUCUGCUAGAGUGA